AAAGCGAAAAUUAUCACAUACACAUAAAUCGAGAGAGAGAGAUUUCUUUGCUUUUUACUAAAUAAAAUAUAUUUAUUCAUUUAAAUCUGUAAAAUACUUUGAUCAAGAUAUUUAUUGAAUGGAUUUUUAUUCUUCCGCAAAUUUAUUUGAUAUUUCAUGGGAAGAAUUGUUUAUGUUCAACAACAUUGACUCCAAUUCUUCAUCAUAUAGUGGUGAAAUGGAUUUACAAGAACUCACAUACAAUGGCCACGUUGAAGAAGAAAACUCACCACAACCAUCACUUGCUCCAAAAACCCUAAAUCCAAAACCACCAUCAUGCAAAAGUACAAACCAUUCACACGUGAAUCCAACAAAACGAGAGAAGAGGCUCUAUAGAGGAGUGAGGACACGACCGUGGGGAAAAUUCGCAGCAGAGAUAAGGGACACAACAAGAAAUGGUGUUCGUGUGUGGAUUGGAACAUUUGAUACAGCUGAAGCAGCUGCUUUAGCUUAUGACCAAGCAGCUUUCUUAACACGAGGAUAUAGGGCUAUCCUUAACUUCUCUGAGCAUGUUGUGAAGGAGUCUCUUCAAAACAUGAAUUUUAAGACAUUGUUAAAUCAAGGUUGCUCACCUUUAUUAGAACUAAAAAGGAUGCAUGUGUUGAGAACAAGGUCUAAGAACCCUAGUAAAAAGGGAAAAAGGGAUUCCAAGAGCAUGGUGUUGAACAAUGCUCAAAAUGUGUUGGUGUUGGAAGAUUUGGGUUCUGAAUAUCUAGAGCAACUUUUGAUGAGUUCUGUUUCCCUUGAAGGUGUUGGAAAUCAUCAAGUCUUUAUACAAAGCUAA